ACAUAAAAGCUGCGCGCGAGUGCUAGCCGGUUGUUUACGUAGCAGCUCGCGAGGGAACACUUACGCUCGCACAAUACACUUUCAAAAUGGAGGUAUCCAAAGCUCCCCAAAAUCAAGACAAUCUGUCUUCUUCGCCGCCAGACAAGCCAAAAUUGAUGCACGGUGGAAACUACAUAAAGGAGGGUCGUGAUUCCGCGAAAUCUACGUGGUUAUUGUUUUCGGCUGAAUCACCCGACCAAGCUGGUUGCUUGGCCAAGUUUUUAAGCAUUUUUUCUUCACAUGGGGUGAACCUCAGCCAUAUUGAGUCCCGGUCUUCGGCCAGGCGCCCGGGGUACGAGUUCAUGGUGGAGUGUGAACAUGGCACCGGCGAUUUUGGGGCUGCCUUAGAAGACCUCAAAAAGAACGUUGGAUACCUUAACAUCAUUUCCAGAAAUUACAAGGACAAUAGAUCUGCCGUGCCGUGGUUUCCCAGACGUAUUCGUGACUUGGACAGAUUCGCCAACCAAAUUCUUUCGUACGGCUCGGAGUUAGACGCAGAUCACCCAGGCUUUACGGACCCCGAGUACCGCGCGCGGCGCAAGUACUUCGCAGACAUCGCUUACAACUACCGGCACGGUCAGCCGCUACCGCACGUCAACUACAGCCCGCAGGAGAUCGCCACUUGGGGCGUGGUAUUCAGGAAGCUCACUGAGCUCUAUCCGACGCAUGCUUGCAAGGAGCACAACCACGUGUUUCCUUUGCUGAUUGAGAACUGCGGAUAUAGAGAAGAUAACAUUCCUCAAUUGGAGGAUGUAUCUAAUUUCCUAAAAGACUGCACCGGCUUCACCCUGCGGCCAGUGGCGGGGCUGCUGUCGUCGCGCGACUUCCUCGCGGGGCUGGCGUUCCGCGUGUUUCACAGCACGCAGUACAUCCGCCACCACUCGCGGCCACUCUACACGCCGGAGCCCGACGUCUGCCACGAGUUGCUCGGUCACGCCCCGCUAUUUGCUGAUCCUGCCUUCGCUCAGUUCUCGCAAGAAAUCGGCUUGGCCUCUCUCGGAGCUCCAGAUGACUUCAUCGAGCGAUUAGCCACCUGCUUCUGGUUUACCGUGGAGUUCGGUCUGUGCCGACAAGAAGGCAAGCUAAAGGCGUUCGGGGCAGGGCUGUUGUCGUCGUUUGGCGAGUUGCAGUACUGCUUGUCGGGCAAGCCGGAGCUGCGCGACUUCGAGCCCGAGGUCACCGGCGAGGAAAAGUACCCCAUCACGGAGUACCAGCCCGUCUACUUUGUAGCUAACAGCUUCGAAGAUGCCAAGGAAAAAAUGAUUAAAUACGCGUCCACGAUUCCACGUGAUUUCGGAGUCCGAUACAACCCGUACACGCAGAGCAUAGACAUCCUGGACUCGGUGCGGCAGAUGAAGGACCUGCUGCGCGGCAUCCACCAGGACAUGGAAAUGUUGCUUAAUACUAUGGAAAAGUUAUAAGUGCUCUUUGUAUAAUUUAAGAUUAGCGUUACGUAUAGCUAUUUAAUUAUCAGAAUUGUAUAGUUAAUGUUUUGUAUGAAGUAAUGUAAGGUUUAAAUAAAACCGGCCAAGAGUAUGUCGGGCCAUGCUCAGUGUAGGGUUCCGUAGUUACUCUUCCGUCACAAUAAGAUUGUUAACCAAGGUAUAAAACGGUACCUUUCACAUACGGUAAAUUUGCAUAAUCAGUACCCUAAAAAAAUUAAAUUUUUAGAUUUUAUUGUACGACUUUGUCGGCUUUAUUGAUUUAUAUGCCAAAUUUCAUCUUUCUAGCACUAACGACCACGGAGCAAAGCCUCGGACAGACAGACUGACGGACAUGGCGAAACUAUAAGCGUUCCUAGUUGACUACGGAACCCUAAAAAGGAAGAAAUGGUUAAGCGUCAAUAGUUUACACGUAUAGAUAAAAGACUGUAAAUACUAUACUUGAGUAUGUUUAUUCCUAUGAAACUAUGAAAAGAAGUCUUCAUCUACCCGCUGGUUAUAUUUACUUAUAUACCUACUUACGUAUUACGUCAUUAUCUUGUGAAUGUGUGAAAACGUACAGUAUAUUUAUAAAAAAUCUUGCCAUUCCAAAAUAGGGUUGCAAUGGCUCCUUCCGUUUUAAAAUCGGGGCAAGUACUAAGUAUAGCGUACCUAUAGAUAGUGCUCAACUGCAUUAAGUUUAAGUAUGCAGAGACCUAGGGAUAUUAGGGGUAUUUCAAAAAGUAUUUAAUUUUUUAUCAACAUAAUUAUAUUCAAUAAAUUUGUACAAGAUUAAGUCUUAAAGUACCUAGUACUCAUCAAGCAUGUAAUCUUACCACGACGAAAAGUUGAAUCGCGUUCACAUAACAAACUAUAGACGACGUUAUACAUUGACGUUUUUUGAUAAAUGACUAAGUAUCAUUAGCUAUUUACAUAAUUUAAACAUUAGGUAAUAAUAAAGUUGUUCUAUGAUAUUCGAUGGACAAUACAACUUACAAUAGUAGAUAUAAUUGACACCUAGAACUAGAAUUGCAGACUAAUCAGUUAGUGGAUUUACUUGUAAGUAUAAUUAAGGAACAUAUAUAAAUAACUCGGAAACUAGAACGAUGGCAUUGGCACUUGGUUAUUACUGAGCAAGGCUAAUUCGCAAAAAAUACUUUGAUGGAGCAUUAGGGUUUGUUAAUCUAAGUCCCUAUAUUUAGAUCAAGAUCUGUUUUAUAAAACAGGUAGUUAUCUUGUAAGAAUGUAUGUCAUAUUAUGGGAUACUGUUGUAAGUAAUGACUUUAGUGACCAUUACAUGAGUAAUAAAUAAAAAUAUUUUAUAUUUUAA